CAGCCGCCCCCUCGUAGGUUCCUCUUCUGGCUCCUCCUCCGGCCCCGGAUUUUGCGCCGGAGCCGCGCGCGUCUGCGCUCCCCUGGCCCGCUCUCCCCCCGCCCGCCGCCCCCCACUCCUCACAGGCGGCAGCGGCGCCUCCAAAGUCGUCAGUGCAGAAGCCGCGGCGGCAGCAGGAACUCCAGGCAGAGGCAGCAGCUGUCCAGCCAGCCGGCUCCCUCCCGCCGCCUCCAGCGCCCGACUACGGCGGCUUCAGCAGCAGAUAUGGUGACUCAAUUGAAAGCUCAGCUUUUGUUUAGCUUCCUAUGCCAAGUAGCCUGCCCCCUUGUAUAUGGGUUCCCUGCUGAUUCUGGAACAGAGUUCCGGUCUGCUUUCUCUGUUGCUAGAACCAGCAGUAUGGAAGGAAGUACUGAAAUGGUGAUCACCUUUGACAAGGUCUACGUGAACAUUGGCGGUGACUUUGACCCCAAAGCUGGGCUGUUCCGAUGCCGUAUCCCUGGAGCCUAUUACUUCUCCUUCACCGUUGGGAAGUACCCCAAGAAAAACUUGUCUGUCAUGCUGAUGAGAAACAAAAAUGAAGUACAGGCGAUUGUAUAUGAUGAACACCACCGUAAAGAGCGGAAGGUGGCCAGCCAGAGUGCCAUGUUGCAGUUGGACUAUGGUGACACAGUCUGGCUACGUUUACAUGGAGAUCCCAAGUAUGCCCUCUACAGCAAUGUGGGCCCUUAUACAACUUUCAAUGGGUAUCUCAUCUAUCCAGAUACAUCUGGCUAUUUUCAAAACAGUGUGAGCUCCCAGGAACUAGGAGAUGCUUCAGGGCCUCACCCUCAUGUAAUUCAGCAACUUUCUGUGCACCAGAAUGAAGUGUCAGAGAGACAUCUAUUUUCUGACCAGUCAAGCAGAUCACAGGAUCCUCGCUCAGCAUUUUCUGCUGCACGUUCUGAAAGCCUCCUAGGAUCAGAUGAGAAGCAAACCCAGCACGAACCAAUCACAUUUGACACAGAGUUUGUGAACAUUGGAAAAGAUUUCAAUUUCUCAAGUGGCAUUUUCACAUGUCGUGUUCCAGGCGCUUAUUACUUCUCCUUCACCAUUGGCAAGAUGCCCUUCAAGACCAUGUCAGUGAAACUGAUGAAGAACCACAAUGAGGUUCAGGCUAUGAUCUAUGAUGACAACCAUUCCAAAAGGCGUGAGAUGCAGAGCCAGAGCAUCAUGCUUCCACUGCAGUAUGGUGACACCAUCUGGCUCUACAGCCACCAGCAUGAUGGCUAUGGUGCCUACAGCAACCAUGGCAAGUACAUCACCUUCACUGGUUUCCUUGUCUAUCCUGAGACUAAGCCAAAACCACCUCCAGAUGUCAACAUGUCUCCAGGGUCAAGGGUCUAAACAUAAAUGUGGAAAAGAGCAUAAGAGAAGCCACGAUGCAGCAGACUCUGAUGCAGGUCCUGGACGGACACCAUCCUUUACAUGACAGUGUUAAGAGCAUGCUAUUGUUUGUCCAGUGCAUUCCUUAUGCUGCACGCUUGUGUCCUGACUGCAGAGCCAUUGUUGUUUCUCCCAUUCAUCUGUAGAAUGACCUUUGCAGGAUAUGUGUGUUUGUUCAUUAUUGAUGUUCAUUUUAAGCAUAAAGCAUGAGGUAGUUUGGGGAGUAGAAGUAGGGGCAGUGGAAUGAGAUGUGAAUAAAGGAAUUGCUACAGAAAUGCUGGAAGAGUUUGCAAAAGACUGCCCUCUCAACAAGGCACUUGGGAGCUGAUAACAUCCUCUGCAUGUGCAGAGCAAUGUCCUGAAAGACGAACAAAUGUAAUUGAACAAUGAACUCAAUAAAAACCCUGAGACAAAA